AUGUUAUCAUCAUUUAAAAGAGAUUGUAAGAUCGUGUUCAAAGAAAUGUCCUUAUUGGACAAAUUAUUACCAAUAUUGAUAAUACUAGCAAUGAUUAUUGGGAUAUUAUUAUCAGUUUAUGUACCACAAUCAAAAGAACCUUUUAAUAAUACUGAUGAAAAUAAAAUGACAAAUGUUUCAAUACCACUUAAUGUUGGAUUAAUUAUUAUGAUGGUACCACCAUUAUGUAAAAUUGAAUUUGAAAAAUUAAAAAAAUUUGAUGGAGCUAGACAUUCAAAAUAUUUAAAAGAAAUUUUAAUAUCAUUAAUACUAAAUUAUAUUAUUGGUCCCUUUUUAAUGUUUGGAUUAGCUUGGGCUUGUUUAUUUAAUGAAAAAGAAUAUAGAACUGGUAUUAUAAUGAUUGGUAUGGCAAGAUGUAUUGCAAUGGUUUUAAUAUGGAAUCAAUUAGCAUUAGGUUCAAAUGAUUUAUGUGCAAUUUUAGUAAUAAUUAAUAGUACUCUACAAAUCAUUUUAUAUGCUCCUUAUCAAUUAUUAUUUUGUUAUGUUAUAACUAAUGAACCAAUAGAAUUUUUGAAUGAUGUUUCAAUGGGUCAUUUAUUUGUUUUAGUACUUAAAAAUAUUGGUAUAUUUAUGGGUAUUCCUUUAUUCUUUGGUGUUGCUAUUAGAUUUUGUUUUAUUUCAACUAUUGGUACUGAAAAAUUUAAUAAAAAAAUUAUGCCAUUUAUAGGUCCAUGGGCAUUAAUUGCAUUAUUAUAUGUUAUCAUAGUUAUAUUUAUAUCAAAAGGAGAUGAAUUUAUUCAUGAAUUAAGAGAAAGUUUAAAAUGUUUAAUACCAUUAGCUUUAUACUUUAUGAUAAUGUGGUUUGGAACUUUUUUUUUAUUACGUUAUUUAUCAAAUAUAAUGAAUUAUAAAAAUAUACUUAAGAAAAGACAAAAUUCAGAUGAAGUUACAAAUAUUGAUUCAACAGAUGAAGAAUCAAAAUUACUAUAUAAAUGUGGAUGUGAAGAAAAAUUAUCAGAUAAUCAAAAGAAAAAAAUUAAAAGUUUACAAUGUAAUGCAAGUUAUGAAUCAACAGUUACUCAAGCUUUUACAGCAAGUUCAAAUAACUUUGAAUUAAGUUUAGCUAUGGCUAUUGCAUUAUAUGGUGAAGGUAGUAAACAAGCUAUUGCUGCUGUUUUUGGUCCAUUAUUGGAAGUUCCUGUCUUGUUGUUAUUAACUUUUGUUGCUAGAUAUUUCAGAGUUAGUUUUGUUUGGAAUGAUGUUGAUUUAAAAAGAAGUAAUGGAGAAGUUGAAGUUGUUGAAAAUGAAGAUAAAAAAGGAGAUGAAGAAUGA